AUGCAAACUGCGGCCACGGCAGUUAACAGCAACAACAUAAACAGCAGUGGCACCAACGCAACACUGACCGUUACUAGCGGUGCAAGCAAUACUAGAAGUGGAGUGCAUACGAAAACGAAAGAGAUGUUUAUUUUAAGGGCAUUGGAAAAAAUCCUCAGCGACAAAGACAUCAAACGGUCGCACCAUCUUCAGCUGAAACGUGCCUGCGAUGUGGCACUUGAGGAUAUUAAAGAGGAGCAACAGGCAGGCCAUACGGAACCGAAUGGCGAAGCACCGGUACCAUCAGCGGCACUACCGCUGCCGAAAAAUGACUCCGGCAAUAUUAUUAACGCGGAAAAGUACUUCCUGCCCUUCGAAUUGGCUUGCCAGAGUCGAACGCCUCGCAUCGUUGUGACGGCACUCGAUUGUCUACAGAAGCUUAUCGCCUACGGUCAUCUGACGGGCAACAUUCCCGAUUCAUCAAACCCGGGCAAAUUCCUCAUCGAUCGGAUCGUUACGACGAUCUGCAAUUGUUUUAUGGGCCCUCAGACGGACGAGGGUGUUCAGUUGCAGAUCAUCAAGGCGUUACUGACUGUUGUAACAUCGCAGCAUGUCGAGGUGCACGAGGGAACGGUUCUGCAGGGUGUGCGAACUUGCUACGACAUCUAUUUGUCGAGCAAAAACCUCAUCAACCAGACGACGGCCCGCGCCACACUUACACAGAUGUUGAAUGUCAUUUUCACGCGAAUGGAAAAUCAAGCAUUCGAAACUGUAGGAGCAGCAACGGCGAUGGCAGUGACUAGUCCCAAUGGUGCCGGAGGUGCUCCAGCAACUCCAUCGAGCAGUAGUACUACCGCAGAGGAAUCUCCCUCGCCACCGAAGCCGGAAGUGAUGGUGGCCGAAGAAAAACAUCCGGAUUAUGAUGAGAUUCGCGCGAUUGUGGAAGAGAUUAUCGACAACGUUAUCGAGCAAGCGCAAGCUCAAGCCGCUAGUAAUGUUUCUCAAGUCGUCGGCCAGGAUCCGGUGGGCUAUAAUGAAGCCAUUGAAACGACCAGUAUCGGUGGAAUUUCAAUUGGUGGAAUUACGGACACAACAUCGAUCGCACGCGUUCCUUCGCAAGAGAGCAUGGAAGUAACAAGUGAAAACGAUAGCAUCGUAACGGCAAAAUUUACCCACAUUCUGCAAAAGGAUGCAUUUCUCGUGUUCCGUGCCCUGUGCAAACUUUCCAUGAAACCGCUUCCCGACGGUCAUCCCGAUCCGAAGUCGCACGAGCUGCGCUCGAAGAUCCUCUCCCUGCAUCUACUGCUGUCGAUCCUCCAGAACGCUGGCCCCGUGUUUCGGUCAAACGAGAUGUUCAUCAUGGCCAUUAAACAGUACCUAUGCGUGGCACUGUCGAAGAAUGGUGGCAGCGCCGUACCGGAAGUGUUCGAGCUUUCGCUUUCAAUCUUCGUGGCACUGCUGUCGAACUUUAAGACCCAUCUCAAAAAGCAGAUCGAAGUGUUCUUCAAGGAAAUCUUUCUCAACAUCCUCGAGGCGCCCAGCUCUUCGUUCGAGCACAAGUGGAUGGUUAUUCAAGCACUGACCCGCAUCUGCGCCGAUGCUCAGAGCGUAGUGGACAUUUACGUCAACUAUGAUUGUGAUUUUUCUGCCGCAAACCUGUUCGAGCGGCUUGUGAACGAUCUGUCCAAAAUUGGGCAAGGGCGGCAGGCACUGGAGUUAGGAACCUCCGUAAAUCAAGAAAAAUCCAUGCGUAUCCGUGGACUGGAGUGUUUGGUGUCGAUACUCAAAUGUAUGGUAGAGUGGAGCAAAGACCUGUACGUGAAUCCCAAUUCGCAAACUUCGCUCGGUGAUCCUCCGACAACGACGACUGCGGCACCGAUGACGGUAGUAAAGGGUCAAAGUAUGAGUGUGAGUAGGACGCUGGACGAUACUCAAAAAGAUGCCGCUGGUUGCGUUAGUCCAUCAACGGAGAUGAAGUCGCAUGGAGGUUCGAGUGUUAGCAUCAACUCCCUGGAAAGUACCAACACUUCUGGCGGUGGGGGCGGAACCGGUGGCGGAGGUGGUGGCAAUCGGGAAGUGCUUGAUCUACCAGGCGAGCUAGAGGAGCGCAAGCAGCGCAAAGAAGUCAUGGAAAUGGGGAUCGAAAUGUUCAACCGAAAGCCGAAGAAAGGUAUUGGCUUUCUGCAGGAACGGGGACUACUCGGGAUGAGCGUAGAAGAUGUGGCCCACUGGUUACACGAGGAUGAGCGACUCGACAAGACACAGAUUGGCGACUAUCUCGGUGAGAAUGACGAACGGAGUAAGGCGGUUAUGUGUGCAUACAUAGAUGCGAUGAACUUUGCCGAGUUGGACAUCGUGGCCGCGCUGCGCCACUUUCUAGAGGAAUUUCGGUUGCCGGGAGAGGCGCAGAAGAUCGAUCGUUUGAUGGAAAAGUUCGCCUCCCGGUACUGCGAUUGCAACCCAAAUAAUCCUCUCUUUGCGAGCGCCGACACCGUAUACGUGCUGGCAUUUUCGGUAAUCAUGCUGACGACCGAUCUGCACUCGCCGCAGGUGAAACACAAGAUGACGAAGGAACAGUACAUAAGCAUGAACCGUGGCAUCAGCGAUAACAAGGAUCUACCGGAGGAGUAUUUAUCGCAGAUCUACGAUGAGAUUGCUGGGCACGAAAUUAAGAUGAAGAACACGGUCGCAAGCAAACCUUCCGGAAAGCAGAUUAUUGUGAAUGAAAAGAAGCGUAAGCUGUUGUGGAACCUGGAGAUGGAAUCACUUUCGACCACCGCGAAAAAUCUAAUGGAGUCGGUUUCGCAUGUGAAGGCUUCGUUCACGUCGGCCAAGCAUCUCGAGCAUGUUCGUCCCAUGUUCAAAAUGGCGUGGACGUCUUUCUUGGCAGCAUUUUCCGUGGGUCUGCAAGAUUGUGACGACCCAGAGAUCGCCAGCCUGUGCCUGGACGGUAUUCGAUGCGCCGUGCGCAUUGCGUGCAUCUUUCACAUGAGUCUCGAGCGGGACGCGUACGUACAGGCGUUGGCACGCUUCACGCUGCUGACCGCCAAUUCGCCCAUCAACGAAAUGAAGGCGAAAAAUAUCGACACCAUCAAGACGCUCAUCAUGGUGGCACAUACCGACGGGAACUACCUUGGGUCAAGUUGGCUCGACAUCGUAAAGUGCAUUUCGCAUCUCGAGCUAGCGCAAUUGAUUGGGACAGGCGUGCGACCUGAGUUUCUUUCCGGUCCCGCUUCCCACCGUGACACACUGGAUCCGUCGGCCAAGGAGCACAUCGGCGAAACGAGCUCCCAGAGCAUCGUCGUUGCGGUCGAUCGUAUCUUUACCGGUUCGAUACGACUAGACGGAGACGCGAUUGUCGACUUUGUGAAAGCGCUCUGCCAGGUGUCCCUGGACGAGUUGACGCGCCCGCAGCCCCGUAUGUUCUCGCUGCAGAAGAUUGUUGAAAUUUCGUACUACAACAUGGGCCGUAUCCGGUUACAGUGGUCACGCAUCUGGCAAAUUCUAGGUGAGCACUUUAAUGCCGUCGGUUGUAACACGAACGAGGAGAUAGCCUUCUUCGCACUCGAUUCCCUGCGCCAGCUGUCGAUGAAGUUUAUCGAGAAGGGCGAGUUUACGAACUUCCGCUUCCAGAAGGACUUCUUGCGCCCGUUCGAACACAUCAUGAAGAAGAAUAAUUCGCCGGCGAUUCGUGAUAUGGUGGUGCGGUGCGUCGCCCAGAUGGUCAACUCGCAGGCCCACAACAUCAAGUCGGGCUGGAAGAACAUUUUUUCCGUGUUUCACCUGGCGGCGGGUGAUCAUGAUGAGGCGAUCGUCGAACUGGCGUUCCUCACCACGGGCAAGAUCAUUACAGAGUUGUACCGGACGCAGUUCCACAUCAUGAUCGACUCAUUCCAGGAUGCCGUCAAGUGCCUGUCGGAGUUUGCGUGCAACGCGCGCUUUCCCGACACGAGCAUGGAAGCGAUCCGGUUGGUACGCACGUGUGCGCUGUGCGUUAACGAUGCGCCCAAUCUGUUUGCGGAGCACGCCGGCAUGGAGAAUGACGUAUCCGUGUCAGAGGAGGAUCGAGUUUGGGUGCGCGGCUGGUUCCCGAUGCUGUUCUCGCUGUCGUGCGUUGUCAAUCGGUGUAAGCUGGACGUACGAACUCGGGGGCUUACUGUGCUGUUUGAGAUUGUUAAAACCCACGGCGACGCUUACCGACCCAACUGGUGGCGCGACCUGUUCAACGUGCUGUUCCGCAUCUUCGACAACAUGAAGCUGCCCGAGCAUCAAACGGAAAAAGCGGAAUGGAUGACGACAACGUGCAAUCACGCCCUGUACGCCAUCAUCGAUGUUUUCACCCAGUACUUUGAUGUCCUCGGGCCGAUGCUGUUGGCCGAUCUGUACUGCCAACUGCACUGGUGCGUGCAGCAGAACAACGAACAGUUGGCUCGGUCGGGCACCAACUGUCUGGAAAAUUUGGUCAUCUCGAAUGGGCUAAAGUUCGGCGAGGAUACGUGGGAUAAAACGUGCCAGUGUAUGUUAGACAUUUUCAACAGUACGCUACCGAACGAGCUGCUGACGUGGAAACCAGAUCCAUUGCCACAGCCAUCGAUUGCUGCUGCGUCAACCGGAACGACCGGAGCCCGGCACGAAAAUGGAGAUCUUCCACGGCACGGUAUUCUGAAGCGCAGUGGCUCACAGCACACGAUGCAUGGUCCGGGCGGUGAUCAUUCGGGAUCUGGACCAAACGAACCGCCAUCCGGUGGCGGUGGGAUCACGAGCACGUCGGUGCUGUUCUCUAACUUGCUAAUCAAGUGUGUCGUGCAGCUUGAGCUGAUCCAAACGAUCGACAACAUCGUUUUCUUUCCGGCGACCUCGCGGAAAGAAGACGCCGAAACGUUGGCACUGGCCACGGCCGAACUCACGUCAGCGUCCGUUCCAACACACCACAACCAUUACAACGGCAAUGGUCACACCACAAACUACCGCCACUCAUUAUCGAGCGUUGAGUUGGAGUGCCAGCGAGAGGAGCAGGGAAUGUACAGCUAUCUAAACACCCCGCACCUGUUGCAACUGGUUGACUGUUUGCUGCAGAGCCAUCGAUUUGCGAAGCAGUUCAACUCAAACAACGACCAGCGGACGGUGCUGUGGAAGGCGGGCUUCAAGGGUUCGCUGAGGCCGAAUUUGUUGAAACAGGAAACUCAGUCUCUUGCGUGCGUCCUGCGGAUACUGUUCAAAAUGUACUGUGAUGAAAACCGACGGCGCGACUGGGAAGACAUCGAGCAGCAACUGAUCGCGGUGUGUACCGAGGCGCUGGAUUACUUUCUUUCGUUGGCCAGUGAGCCGCAUCGCGAUGCGUGGACCUCGCUGUUACUGCUGGUGAUGACACGUCUACUGAAGAUGCCGGACGCAAGGUUUGCCGCUCACAUUGCCAGUUACUAUGUGUUUCUGUGCGAUUUAACCUGCGUCGACCUGAAACCGGAACUGCGAACCGUACUUCGGCGCGUUUUUCUGCGCAUCAGUCCGGUGUUUGGAAUCUCGAGUGCCACUCAAGGCGGUUCUGCUGCGGCUGCUGCUUCCGCUGGUACCACGGGUUCCCUUACAGCCACCUAGUAUCGGCGCAACGAUUCACUAUCCCAGCAACCCCCUAGUGCUAUGCCACCGGCAGCAAUGGCGAUGUACCGGUAUGCUAACAGUUCUCAUCCGUCGGUGAUGCACUCAUGCCAGUGUCACUGGCGAACAUUGGCAAUGGGACAACAUCAGCGGCCCGCUAACGCCUCUCAUCGUUGCUGCACCAUUUCGACCGAACGACAGCAAAACGGUGUAAACCUGCAACAUGGACCGACCGCGGUUAGUAGAACACAUACGUCGCGAGGUGUUGCAUACACUACCUCUAGCACUAGCAAUAAUAGUAACGACGAGCGCGCCAACCUCUCGCGUCAAUCUUCGCCCAUCGUUGGCGCCUACUGUGAUGGAACUACCAUUUUCCCCGCGGGCAGAAGUAGUGCUGGUGUUGAGCGUGGAGGUCGACUGUUGUGGAAGAAGAACCGGAAGUCGUAGUUUGAGCGGCAGAGAACGCCGUCAUUAUGGAGGCUUUUUAGUCCCUUGCGGGUAGGCCGGCGUAGGACCUGGCGUUAGAUUUCUUCCUCGGGCAUUUCAUACUGUCCCUUCGGAGGCCUUUUCGGGGUUUAAAAAUUCAACCAUUUUAUCGAAACUGGCAAACCGCCAGGAUUUGUGUACCUUCUUUGUCCACUACUGUUUACACCAUUAAAUGGUUCCUUUUCGCACCAUUCCGUGUCUAUAGCCCUCUAUUUCGCGUAAGAUUAGGUUGUCCUUGUUUUAUCCAUGUCUGACCCGACGAGAUAUCAUUGAAAAGAGUUUGAAGGAUGAAAAUUAUACUCUGUAAAUAGCGCAAUAGCGAGAGUAAUAAUUCAACACAUUUACUGUGUACAGACGCGUGUUGCUUCGAAGAAACUCAAUCCCAUCCUCUAGCGUAAAACUGUGCCAAUGGCGCAGGAUCUUGCGUGUGGUUGUACGAAAACACACAUGGCUAUGGCUCCACGUGUAUGAUAAAAAUAACAUUGUUGCGAGAAUUCCACACAUCGGUCGGUAGUCAUCAAAUAAAAAAAACAAACUAGCAAAAUUAAACCAAAAUGUAUGGAAUAAAACACGGUUUAGAGAGAAUCACGUCAGGCACAGGACCAACCCCUUUUGAACGGGCGCUGGGGUUUCGGACGACGACUAUGUGGCAAUAUUAACCUUAGAUUCAACGGAGCAUGAGCUCUCCCGUGUACACGAUGCCAGCGACUGGCGAAAAACCUUCAAGUGCGUAGAAAUGCAAAUCAAAAACUAACAGUAAAUAAACAUUUAGGUGAAAAGAUUGUUUCGCAACACCUUUGUGUUACUAUUGCCACGUUUGUAGCAUUGUAGCACACCUAAAAUGGCACGGUUGUGUUGGUUGCUUAGUUACGAAGAGACGCGAAAAUAGAGGAUGAUACGUAGAACUCGUGCGUAUGUGGCCGAUCUCAGCACGAGACGAAAAGGGAGACAUGGUGAUAAAUUAAUAAUUUGUUAUCUAACGUAAUUACUACUGGCAGAGAAUAU